AUGGCCAGUCAUAUCAUUGGCAAUCGCAACAGCACCCCUGAAGCCUCAAAUUCAUCUCUCCGUCCUCCAUCCUCAUCGCGAAACCUCGGAUCGCACCAGCUGCGGGCGUCGGCAGACAUGUCUGGGUUUCCUUCGCCGCUGUCCGCCCGAAGCAUCCGCCCAUCAUCGGAGGUCUUUUUCAACCAACAAACCCAAGGUCAGAAUGCGACGGAAGAUGCUUUGGACCGUGCCGCUCAACAAUGGCUUUCGGAUAUUGAUCAGUACGAAACUACAUUGGAAGAAAUGGCAGCUGCCACGCUUGAUCAGGACUUUAAGGAUGAACUCAGUGCCAUCGAGCAAUGGUUCCGUGUUCUGAGCGAAGCCGAGAGAACUGCAGCUCUAUAUGCCUUGCUGCAGCAGACUACUCAGGUGCAGAUCCGGUUUUUUAUCCAAGUCCUGCAGCAAAUGUCUCAGGGUCACCCGAUGUCCGGCCUGCUCUCCCCUGCCAAUUUUGGCGAAAAGGAUGCUAUGUCCAGCCGUCUAAGCGAUGCCAUGUCAAAGCUUAAUAUGGACACAUCCCGGAACUCCCUCGGACGACCCCCGCCAUCCCCUGGCGCCAAGCGCAACUCUGUCCUCGACCCUUCUACCAUCAAUGCAAUGUUCCCGGAUGCUGCCGCGGCCAUUGCGAAGAAGAAGGCCGAAUUUACCCAGCAAACUGGCAACGCACCUCCGUCGAACCGCAAUAGCGCAGUCUUCGACCGUGCCUCUUUCGUGGCCCCCACCAUCUCGGCGCCUGACAACAAUUCGGACGGUUUGGGUCAACAGCCUGGUUCUCCGUGGGCCCAGCGUGGUGUUUCCGACACGCAGCCUCCGAUCGCUCGGCCUAAGUCAUCCUCCGGACACCAGCCUAUGGGCCAGUUCACCCCCCUGCUUUCGCCAUACAACGUCGGCAACCACAGCUGGGCGUCUAUGACCAACACCCCGAUGACUGCGACUUUCGGUCAGCAAUCGCACCAGAACCCCAACACCCAUGCGGAUAUGGUGGCCAACGCCACGGCAAUGAAGCUGGCAGCUUUGUCGACAGUGAACAACCGGAUUGCUCUGGAUGACGCGCGCAAGUACCGUCGUGCUCGCUCUAAUGAUGGCCAGGGCAAGAACUCGCAUGGAAACCCGAUGCUCUCCCAGGGCUUGGCUAGCCCAGGCCUGGGUGGACAGCACUUGGUGGCCGGUCAGCUUCUCAAUACCCAGCAGCUAGCAGCCCUGCAGGCUCAGCAACAGGCGGCUAUGGCUGGUAGACGGUCACGCCCAACAUCGCCCGGUAUUGCUAUGCAGGGUGGUGGCUUGACCCCUAUGGGAUUCACCUCGCCGCAGAACAAUGGAUUCUUGGCCGCGUACGAUCCCAACAACCCUCUUAUGGGCAAUGGAUUGGGUUCUUUGAACAUUGGACAGUUUGGUCUGGGUAGUGAAGGAUACCUCUCAGACCACUCAGAGGUUACACGAGGCCGCUCUCCGCGGGGUCGCCGUGGCAGCUCGAAGCCGCCCGAGGACCCCACAGACCCGGCUCUUCUGAAGGAUAUCCCCAGCUGGCUGCGAUCCCUCAGGCUGCACAAGUAUACCGAUAACCUAAAGGAUCUCCAGUGGACGGAUCUGGUUGACCUGGAUGACAAGGCCCUGGAAGACCGCGGUGUCAAUGCUUUGGGAGCACGCAACAAGAUGCUAAAGGUCUUUGAGCAGGUCAAGGAGGCCCGUGUCGAUGGCAAAUUCGAAAAUCUGGUCUAA